AUGUCAUUUCUAUUACCUUUCUCACGUCGUUCUCAAUAUGAUCCUAUUGCUGAUCCUAUUCAUUUCGAGAAACAUUUUGAUUCACCAGAAGUUGUUCGUGAUAUUAUUUUAGGUCUUAGUGAUGGCUUAACUGUACCUUUUGCUUUGGCUGCGGGCUUAUCGGCUACAAUGAGUAGUAAAACUGUACUUAUCGCUGGGUUAGCAGAGUUGAUUUCUGGAGCAAUUUCUAUGGGAUUGGGUGGUUAUCUUGCUACCAAAUCCGAAUCUGACCAUUAUGAUACAGAAAGGAUUAGGGAAGAAUGUGCUUUAACAAUUGGAAUAGCAUAUUUUAUUGGUGGUUUGAUUCCAUUGAUACCAUAUUUUUUCGUUGAUACACCAUUUGUUGGUCUUUGUAUUAGCAGUAGUAUAACAUUAUUGUGUCUGGUUGUAUUUGGGUUUAUCAAAUCACUGUUUAUUGCUCCAAAUAGAGCAUAUAUAGCAUCAAUACAAACAGCAUUUGUGGGUGCGUUAGCAGCUGGUUCUGCAUAUGGUGGGGUAACAUUAAUUGAUCGCAUUUUUCGAGAAUAA